AUACAAAAAAGAAACAUAUAACUGAAAUAGGAAUAUUAAUAGGAAGUUUCCCUGGCGGUGACGAACACAAUUGGUAAUACUUAUCAUCGUCUUAAACAAAGCAGAACCCAAAAUCAAAAGUCUCAGCGUUGUCUGGGUCAUUUCUCUUAUAUUCUAUUGUGCUCUCACAAACACACAUAAUUCAAUUCAAUUCAAUUUGAAUUUUGAAAGAGUGAAAUUAGAUCAGUAAUAGCGAUGAGGAGAGUAUUCGGCGUCAAAAAGAACAAUGAUCCCCCUCCUUCACUUGAAGAUGCCAACGAUAGGAUUACGAAACGGGGUGAUACGGUGGAUGAGAAGAUUAAGAAGCUUGAUGUUGAACUCAAUAGAUACAAAGAACAAAUCAAGAAAUCAAGACCUGGUCCUGCUCAGGAAGCUGUUAAAGCUAGAGCUAUGCGAGUUCUUAAACAAAAGCGAAUGUAUGAAGGUCAACGUGACAUGCUGUAUAAUCAGACAUUCAAUCUUGAUCAAGUUCAAUUUGCUGCUGAGGGAAUUAAAGAUGCUCAACAAACUAUGUCAGCUUUGAAGUCUGCAAACAAGGAAUUGAAGGGAAUGAUGAAAACUGUGAAACUCCAAGACAUUGAUAACUUGCAAGAUGAGAUGAUGGACCUGAUGGAUGUAAGUAAUGAAAUCCAAGAGACUUUGGGUAGAAGCUAUAGUGUUCCUGAUGACAUUGACGAGGAGGAACUUAUGGGUGAACUUGAUGCAUUGGAAGCAGACAUGGAAAAUGAAACUGAAGGAGUCCCUUCCUACCUCCAACCUGAUAAAGAAUCUGAUUUGGACGCAGAACUUAACUUACCUUCAGCUCCAACAGGACAAACAGCAGCGCCACAUGGCAGAUUCAAUGCCCAAGUACAGAUGAACUGGGUUUACCUGCUGUCCCUCGGGCAUCUCUACGCGGUUAAAGAAUGCUUUUUAUUUCCUUGGCGUAGCAGGUGCAUACACGAGCAAGACCCUGUAAAGAUGUGCAGAACUUGAGAACGCUGAUCAAUUAAUACAAUGAUUUCUUUGACAUUAUUUGUAUUAAAGCACUAUGGCACUAUAUAAAAAUGGAAAAUUUGUUACGCGGUUGACAAAAUCUUGGAACUCAGCAGCUAUGUUUAGAGGCAAAUAUGUGCACAGCUUCGUUAUACCAAUUUUAUUGUCUGAA